AUGAGCUCCUCCCUAUUUUGUUUAUAUGCCAUAUUUGCCUUCCUCUGCAAAACUUCCUUCUCCCUGCCCGGAAAAGUUUCUGAUCACCAAGCAUUACUUUCAUUGAAGGCCAACAUGAUCGGAGGUCCUUUUCAAUCAUGGAAUGAGUCUACCCAUUUCUGUAAUUGGGUUGGAAUAACUUGUGGUCGCAAACACCAACGAGUUGUAACAAUCAAUUUGGAGUCGAGCAACCUUCAAGGCUCUUUGUCCCCUGCAAUUGGGAACUUGAGUUUUCUUAGAGAAUUGUGGCUUGACAACAACACUCUAUCAGGUAUAAUUCCUAAAGAGUUGGGUAGACUAACAAGAUUAAGUGUGUUGGUUCUGGAAAGAAAUGUAUUUUCAGGUGAGAUUCCAAAAAACCUUUCACAUUGUGUUAGUCUAAAAGAUCUUGUUUUGAGAUACAAUAUUCUAAUGGGUACAUUUCCUUCGGAGUUUCGAUCACUGUCCAAACUUGAGUACCUUUUGGUUUCCACAAACCACUUGAUGGGAGAGAUACCUGCAUACAUAGGCAAUUUUUCAUCACUCAGGAAACUUUCUUUUGGUGGAAAUAAUUUCAAGGGAAAAAUUCCUACAUCUUUUGGAUGCCUGCAGAAAGUUUUUACCAUUGCUGUAGGCAAUAACUUCCUGAGUUCUACCAUUCCCAUAUCCAUUUUCAAUAUCUCAUCAUUGGCAGCUUUUGAUGUACAAGAAAAUAAACUUGAGGGAUAUCUUCCUUCAAAUUUAGGCUCUACCCUUCCAAAUCUAGGGUAUUUUUAUGUUGGUUAUAAUCUUUUAAGAGGGCGACUUCCCAUCUCAAUGUCAAAUGCCACAGCACUACACCAUUUUGAUGUUCGUCAUAAUGAUUUUUAUGGAGGGGUACCGUCAUUUAGUGGACUUAAAAGACUAAAAUAUUUUGGACUUUAUGACAAUCCGCUUGGUAAUGGAAAAUCCACUGAUAUGGAUUUCAUGUCUUCUCUUCUCAAUAGUACUGCUACACUAGAGACCAUGUAUCUUGAUAACUGCAAUUUUGGAGGGGUUUUGCCCAGAUUCAUAGCAAACUUUUCAAGUCUUAAGGAUUUUUUCAUUGAUGAAAAUGUCAUAAGUGGUACUAUUCCAAGUGAAAUUCAUCUUCUUAUUAACUUAGAACACCUAGACUUAUCAGAAAACCAGCUAAGCGGUACUAUUCCAAGCACAUGGGGAAGCCUUCGACAACUCAUUGGUUUAUACCUUGAUGGAAACAAAUUGUUCGGAAAAAUACCAGAAUUUCUAGGUGAACUUCAGUACUUGAAGUGGUUGAAUUUAUCAUUUAACCAUUUGGAAGGCAAGAUACCUACAGAAGGGAUUUUUAAACACAAGGCUAAAGUUGAGCUUGUUGGUAACAACCUUUGUGGAGGUAUUCCACAAUUUGGGUUGCCAAUAUGCCCAAGAGAAGGGGAAAGACAACAUUUGUCCCAUAUUCAAAAGUUGGCAAUUUUAUUUUCGAGUGGGACUUUGAUUCUGCUGAUAAUUGUGGCUCUCAUUGUGUUCACCUACAAGCAGAAGAAAAAGCAGGCUUUAACGUUGGAUGCAGCAACAGAGUUCAUGCCUAAGUUGUCAUAUUGGAGUAUACAGAAGGCAACUAAUGAAUUUUCUAAAUCCAGCAUAAUUGGUUUUGGAAAAUUCAGCACCGUUUACAAAGGCAUUCUUGAUGGUAGUUUGGGAAUUGUUGCAAUUAAAGUGUUCAAGCUUCAAGUAAGAGGAGCAUCCAAGAGCUUUUCGGUGGAAUGUGAAGCAUUGAGGCAAAUUAGGCACCGAAACUUGGUAAAAGUUUUGACCACUUGUUGUAGUAUCGACCAUGAAGGUAAUGACUUCUUGGCCAUUGUCUAUGAGUAUAUGAUUAAUGGUACUCUGGAUAAUUGGUUGCACAAUCACUCAAAAGACACAGGAGAGAAUAAUGAUUCAAAGAGUUUGAACUUGUUACAGAGGGUAAAUAUUGCUAUUGAUGUGGCAAAUGCACUUGAUUAUCUUCAUAAUCAAUUGGAGACAGGUUUAGUGCAUUGUGAUUUGAAGCCAAGCAAUAUUUUGUUGGAUGAAGAUUUAGUUGCUCACGUGGCUGAUUUUGGAUUAGCAAAGUUUCUUUCCAUGGAAGUUACAUCUAACCAAGCGAGUUCAUCUAUAGGAAUUAAAGGGACUUUUGGAUAUGCAGCUCCAGAGUACGGGAUGGGAAGUGAUUUGUCAACAUUUGGAGAUAUGUAUAGCUAUGGGAUCCUUUUGCUAGAAAUGUUUACCAGUAAAAGUCCUACUAGUGAUAUCUUCAAUAAUGGCUUAACUCUUCAUAACUAUGUUAGAAUGAGCAUGCCUAAGCAAGUCAUUGAGAUUGUGGAUCCCAAACUAUUCCACAAAGAAGCUAAUGCAACACCUAAAAGUCUUGUACUUCAGAGCCAGAUACUAGAAUGCCUUGUAUCAAUUCUUAAGAUUGGAAUAGCUUGUUCCGUGGAUUUACCUAGGGACAGAAUGAGCAUUGGCAAUGCGGUCAAGGAGUUGCUUUCAAUCAAAGCCACCCUUGUGGAACUUGGAGACAUUAGGACUAUUCCUUGGUGA